CUUUGCCCCCCUCCGCCUUCCUCCCUCCUCUCCCCUCUCUGCUCCCCUCGACAGCGAACUCGAGACUCGCAACCGUGAAGAGAGAACUCGACGAGCGGAGGGGAGAAGAACGUGAGGGGAGCCGAAUCGGCGAGGGGAGAAGAAGCCAGCUGCGACCAUGAGGCGAUCCUCGAAGAAGUCGUCGUCGUCCGCCGCGGCCGCCAGCUCCGGUGCGGAACAAGUAAAUGAAAAACAAAACAGAAAAAGAAAAGGAGUCAGUACAAACCUGACCAGCAGGAAAGCACAACGUGUUCCAGGCCCUACUAAAGCAGUUUCCAAGGAAAUAGAACGGAUUGAUCAACUUUUCUAUACUUAUGCUGAUAAUUCAUCCGGCAUGAUUGACCCAGAAGGCAUUGAAACACUCUGUUCUCAUCUUGAAGUUUCCCAUACUGAUGUGAGGAUUCUAAUGUUAGCAUGGAAAAUGGGGUGUGAGAAGCAAGGUUAUUUUACCUUGGCGGAAUGGCGAACUGGGUUGAAAGCUCUGCGAGCUGACAGUAUCAAUAAGCUGAAUAAAGCAUUCCCAGAACUGGUCCAAGAGGUUACAAGGCCGUCCAAUUUCCAGGAUUUCUAUACAUAUGCAUUUCGUUAUUGCCUCACAGAGGAUAAGAAGAAAUGUAUAGAAAUACCAGUUGCUUGUGAGUUGCUGAAUCUAGUAUUGGGCUUGCAGUUCCGCCCCCAGGUUGACAAGCUUAAUAAUUACCUCAAGUGCCAAAACGAGUACAAGGUGAUAAACAUGGACCAGUGGAUGGGAUUUCUUCGGUUCUGCAAUGAGAUAAACUUCCCAUCACUUGACAAUUAUGAUUCAGACCUUGCUUGGCCUUUGAUUCUAGACAAUUUUGUUGAAUGGCUACGAGAAAAUAAAAGUUAGCUCUUCUAUUCCAGUUGGAUGAAGAUGUCAUCCAAAAUGUAAUAUUCAAGAAUCACCUCGGAUGCUUUGGAGGAUGCAGAUUCAGCUUGUUUCUGAUUGCUACGGUGGAGGCUGGUUCCAGAAAUCAUCAUCAAAUCGCCUUCUCAUGUUUUUUUUGCUUAAUGCAUUUUUGAAACUGGAAACGGUCUGCAUAGAUGUCAUCUAGAAAUUUUGCAUCAACGUCCUCUACAUUUGUUGGCUCUGUUAUAUUCAAUGAGUUCUGGUAUAGUUUUAAGAGCUUGCAAGUUCCAAAUUUUCUGGAAGGCAUUGCCUCAACGAGCCUGUCCGCAUGUAUGGGUGCUGUGUGUUCUUAUUUUUCCCCUGUUUCGGUUGUACAGGUAAAGCCAUGCUUAUCAACAUCAGCAGGCAGCAAACAGCUCUUGAUGUCUGUAGUUUUUAUGUGAAAUGAAGUUUCAAAGAUUGAUUUUUUUA